GAGAACCUCAGAAAGAGAUGCAGCAAACAAAAAUUUUGUGUGGCCUUCAACGUCCCCUCAAAACUUCUCUCACCGCCGGUCUCCGCAUCGCAGCGUGGCCGUCUCCGCUCCUCUCAAAACCCUAACAAAAAGGCCCCAUAUUUCUAGGGUUCCAACGAAAAAACUGACACUCUCACGAUCGCUCGCUCAAUGGCGACGAGCUUCUCCUUGCGAUCCAGCCACUGCCCCUUCUUCAAGCUCCCCUCGCACCGUUUCUCGACCGCCCGUCGCUUCUCCCGAUCCGUCGAUGCUAGGGCUCCUGUUGCUCGAAGGAAACCGAGGGGUCGAGUUGUUGCCAGGCUUCAGCUCGAAGAUUCGGAAGGCAAGGGUUUGGCUGAGGGGGAGGAGUUGAAAGCCGAUCGGGAGGGAGAAGGGAGUUUGGCGCUGGACGUGGAAAGCGAAGGCUUUGAUUUGCGGAGGUUGCCGAUGAGGUACAAGCUCAUCGCCACGACUUCUCUCGCGUUUGUUAUCUGCAACAUGGAUAAGGUCAAUUUGAGUAUUGCCAUAAUUCCCAUGUCGCAUCAGUUUGGGUGGAACUCCUCAACUGCUGGCCUUGUCCAGUCUUCUUUCUUUUGGGGCUACGCCUUGAGUCAAUUACCUGGUGGAUGGCUUUCUAAGAUAUUUGGUGGAAGGGAUGUCCUAAAAUUAGGGGUCCUGGCCUGGUCUUUGGCCACGAUUCUCGUUCCCUUUGUAGCUGGAUUCAUGCCUGGGCUUGUAUUAUCGAGAAUUUUGGUCGGGAUAGGAGAGGGUGUUUCCCCUUCAGCUGCCACUGAUAUGAUUGCCAGAUCUAUACCUUUACAAGAACGCUCAAGAGCAGUUGCUGUAGUUUUCGGCGGCUUAAGUGUUGGAAGCAUCUUGGGGCUUCUGCUGGCUCCUUCUAUUAUCCAGACUUUUGGCUGGGAGUCUGUUUUCUACGUAUUUGGUGUCAUUGGUAUAGUCUGGUGCCUGGUUUUUGAGUUUGUUAAAGGGGGGAAUUCUCCACUUUCUGGUGGACACAUCUUUGAUACAAGACAAUGGAGGCUGAACAUCGCUAGCCCUUUCUUGACAUCGGAAUCUCAAACAAAGUCAUUGAAUGAACCCUUUAAAGAGCUGGCUGACUCACUCAAGGAUGUGCCAUGGAUGGAAUUUUUCAAAAGCCCGGCGGUGUGGGCUAUGAUAUAUGCUCAUUUUUGUGGAAGUUGGGGCCAUUAUACCUGUUUAUCUUGGCUUCCUACUUAUUUUAGUGAGGAGCUGGACCUGAACCUGACAGAAGCUGCAUGGGUCUCAAUCCUCCCUUCUCUGGGUUCAGUUUUCAUUACCUCAAUUGCGGCACCAUUUGCUGACAACCUGAUCUCCAACGGAGUGGAAACUACAACAGUGCGAAAAGUUUGCCAAUCAGUUGCCUUUCUGUCUCCUGCACUUUGCAUGACUCUUUCCUCUUUGGAUCUAGGACUACCCCCAUGGGAAGUUGUAGCAUUUCUUACUAGUGGUUUGGCGUUAUCGAGCUUUGCCUUGUCAGGCCUCUACUGUACCCAUCAAGACAUAUCUCCCGAAUAUGCAAGUAUACUUCUGGGAAUUACAAAUACCGUGGGUGCCAUACCUGGAAUUGUUGGUGUAGCUCUCACAGGGUAUCUCCUUGAUUCCACACAUUCAUGGAGUAUAUCAUUGUUCGCUCCAUCAAUUUUCUUCUAUUUAUCAGGAACAGUUGUAUGGCUGCUCUUUGCCAGUAGUAAGCCCCAGAGGUUUUCCAAGGGAGAUUGAUGCAUGUCAAAAUCUUAGCAUAUCCCUACAAACCGAAGAAAAUUUUGCUCUCGGAGAGGAUAGUUUUCGUUUCCCCCCCUCCAAAGCAGUUGUUAGAAGAGUGUCACCAUGAUCUUCGUCUCUUCCCGCUAACAGGAUGUAUAUAAAGUUCAUGGGAGAGUCUGAGAAGACGAAAGAAACACGCUAAGAAAAUGUAAAUUUUGUAUUUAACCAUAUAGUGUAUAAAUUGUGAUUGUUUUAAGUGCUUGCCAUAGCGAUCUUAUUCUUUUCGUCCAUGGCAUUAGCUUGAUGCGUA